UGACAGCUCGACCCUUUCGACAAAUGCGACUGAGGUCGGGAAAGCUGCGGCGUUGGGAGGGGCUGAAGACGGGACGGGUUCUGGAGAUAUGAUGGAUCUGGGAAAACCAGAACACAUCGUCGAAGAGACCUUGCAAGAGAGAUACGUCAGAGGACUGCCUCAAGUUCUCGUCAAGCGGAAAGGAUUGAAAGACCCUACGUGGGAGCCACUCAAGCAUGUCGAGAAGACUCUUGAUGUGAGGAACGAGAACAAUGGGUCGGAUGUGGUGACAGCUGCCGGAGAGAGUGGAGCGCCGGCAGUCAGCGUGGGGACGGUAUCGCACUUGACGGAUAGGGCUGUACCUAUCAGCGAAAGUGGGGAGGUCGCUACAGGAAUCCACGAGACGGCUUCACCGAGUACAGAUGCGGCAGGCGAUGUGAACGCACUAAACGCAUCCACGGGAGAGAUCAACAUCCCACCCCCACCACCGCCGAAAGAGAAAAAAAUGUCCGCCUCAAAACUCAAGAGCCUCGAAAAGCGCCACGCAAAGCAAUCUCAACGCAUCGAAGAAAAACUCUCCCGACUUGCGCAGCACCACCACCAAAACCCCAUCCAACAAACUCCUGGCCUCACCACCCGCCCGAUCUGCCCCGGCUGCGGCGCCGACUUCCAGUCUGCCAACCCGCUCGGGCUCGGAUACCUCCCCAUUCGCGCCACCGACGAAGCUGCCAAAGGAGAGAGCAUUCACGCCCGCGCCGAAUCCUCCGACGCCCUCACACCCCGCGAAGCCGCAACCCUCGCCCAACACCACCACCACCUCGCCCAAAACACCACCGACCCCGACGCCGACAUCUCCGCCCUCGCCGAAAAAGCCUUCCUCGCCGGCACCCCACCGCCAGUUACACAGAAACGCACCAUCUGCGCCCGCUGCUACGCCCUCACGCAGCACCGUCGGCUCACCCGCACCUACACACCUCCGCAAAUGGAGAAGCUCCUCUCGACACUCCGCGUGCGACCUAACUGCGUCGUGGUGUGUAUCGUCGACGCGGCGGAUUUCCCGGCGAGUUUACUCACCGGCUUGUCGAUGUUGGUUGGCGCGGAGAAACCGGUGUUGGUUGUGGCCAACAAGAUCGAUCUCCUGCCGACUGAUGUGCCCCUUGCGACGGUCGAGCGGAGUGUCCGCAACCGGGCAGUCAAGUGGGGGAUUGGUGGCGGUGUAACUGCAUCACCGGCGUCGUCAACAAAACUGGAAAAGCAACCACGCCAACCAUUAUUGGAUGUAACCCUAACAUCAGCAACAACACUAGCCGGCGUCCCCGCCCUCUGCGAGAAGAUCCGCGCCCACCAACAAGCCGGCCGCGACGUGUUCCUCGUCGGGUGCGCGAACGUGGGCAAAUCCGCGCUGAUUGGCGCUAUGAGGAAGGUAGCGGGCUUGGAUGUGAGUGCGGCGCCGACGGUGAGCGAUGUGCCGGGGACGACUGUAGCAGUUUUCGAUAGUGGGGUGGAUUUGGGGGUUGGUACCGCGGAAUUGGAAACGCCAGUAGACGGAGGAACACCACCACCACCACCACCGCCACGGAGACAAACCAUAGGAAAGAUCUUCGACACCCCCGGCGUGCACACACCCACGCAAAUAACCCCGCUCCUCACCCCCGCCGAACUCGCCAUCGCGACCCCCCAAAAACGUCUACUCCCGCACACAAUCACCAUUUCAGCGGGAGAAACACUCUUCGUCGGCGGGCUGUUCAGAUUGGACUUCAAACCGCCUGAUUCAUCCCCCUCCUCCUCCUCCUCCUCCUCCUCCCCCUCUAACGACACACCCAGCCCCCCACCCUCAAAACUAACACUAACAGCGUACCUCCCUUCCCGCCUCCCCCUCCACCGCACAAAAACCACCCGCGCAACAGCCCUCUCCAAACGCCACCGCGGCACCAUCACGCCGCAAAUGGCCGCGCGGGUGAUGCGGACGCGGAAGAUGGCGGAAACAAACGUUUCGGGCGUUCUGGCGCCGCCGUUCAGCAAACCGGGCCCUGACGCCUCUUCUGCCUUUCCGGAGCUGGAGGUCGCGUUGAGGGUGACGGUUCCGACGACGCAUGGCAGUUCUAGAGGCACGACACCAGCAGCGUUGCCAAAGACGGCGGGUACGAUACCACAGACGCAGACGCAGACCGGCCCGAUGGAUAUAUGUCUCGGCGGUGUGGGCUGGAUCUCUGUUGCGCCGACGGUGCGGUGGAGACGGACGGUCGUGGAGGGGACCGAAGGUACGGAUGAGAGGCGUGAGGGUGAGGCAAGGGAGCCGAUGGAUGGGAGGGAUAGGCACGGGAGUGCUGGGAAGUACCCGCCUAAGCGAUCACGGAAUGACGCCGGCGGGCCGAGGGGAGGGCCAAGGGGCGCUGAAGGGGGUGGAAAGCGGUGGACGCGAUCUUGAUUGCACCUAUCGUUUUAGUGGGCUGGACGACCACACAUGUACUAUAAGGCGUAUCCCACCCAGUCGGCGUAAACCCCAAAAUGCACACCCCCAACGGUCCGAAUCCGCUUUAGCCAUGCACGAAUCUGUAAAUUGCAAUAACUAAUAUAACCAUACGAGG